CUCUGUAUUCCCUUCUCUCUCUUUCUCUCUCUGGUUCUUUCCGGCCAGAGAAGUUAAAUGUCUUCAAAGACAGUCUGGUUCAUACAUUCAUGAGCAAAGCUGUCUGAAGAUCAUUUUUUUGUUCUCUCAACAACAACAAUGGCGUCUUCUUCUCCACCUCCCUCAAUAGGAGAAAAGAAACACUGGUGGUUCAGAAAUCGAAAGAUCGUGGAGAAAUACGUCAAGGACGCGCGAUUCCUAAUCGCAACCCAAGAACAGAACGAGAUUGCUUCAGCAUUGAAUCUCCUCGACGCCGCUCUAGCUCUCUCUCCUCGCUAUGAACCAGCACUCGAACUCAAAGCCAAAUCUCUUCUCUGUCUCCGUCGCUUCAAAGAUGUGGCUAACAUGCUUCAAGAUUACAUUCCCAGUCUAAAACUCUCCUCCGACGAUUCUUCCUCCUCCACUUCUUCCCUCUCGUCAGAUGGAUCCACCUCUCAACCACUAUCCAAAGAACAGGUCAAGCUUCUAUCUUCCUCCGGCGGCAAUUCUCCAGAAACCAAUUCCCCGGUUUCCUCAUCAUCCUCGUCGUUCAAGUGUUUCUCUGUUUCUGAUUUGAAGAAGAAGGUCAUGGCGGGUCUGUGUAAAAACUGCGAUAAGGAAGGACAAUGGAGGUACCUAGUUUUGGGUCAAGCAUGUUGCCAUCUGGGUCUAAUGGAGGACGCCAUGCUUCUCCUUCAAACCGGAAAACGCCUAGCCACAGACGCCUUCCGCCGCGAGAGUAUUUGCUGGUCUGAUGACAGUUUUUCACUCUCAUCAUUACCCAUAUCGGCUGAAACAUCAAACCAGCCGGCCACCCCACCAAGAACAGAAUCGGAGAGCAUAUCCCAUCUUCUCGGUCACGUCAAGCUCCUUAUCCGCCGUAAAACCGCAGCAAUCGCGGCCCUAGACGCCGGUCUUCACACAGAAGCAAUUAGACACUUUUCCAAAAUCGUCGACAGCCGACGAGGCGCCCCGCAAGGAUUCCUCGCAGAGUGUUACGUUAAUCGCGCCUCUGCAUUCAAAUUCGUUGGACGUAUCGCCGAGUCGAUCGCCGAUUGUAACCGUACACUCGCGCUUGAUCCAAGCUGCAUUGAAGCACUUAGCAUCAGAGCUUCACUAUUCGAGACAAUCCGAUGCUUACCCGAUUCUCUUCACGAUCUUGAACAUUUGAAAUUGUUGUACAGUUCGAUUCUCCGUGAAAGAAAACAAUCAGGUCCGGCAUGGAAACGGCAAACAGUACGAUACAGAGAAAUUCCCGGAAAACUCUGUUCUUUAACAGCGAAAAUUCAGGAACUAAAACAGAGAGUUGCAUCAGGGGAAAUCGGAGGUAAUGUUGAUUACUACGCAUUGAUUGGGCUGAGAAGGGGAUGUUCUCGGUCGGAGCUUCAAAGGGCUCACUUGCUUCUCACAAUAAAACACAAACCUGAUAAAUCGAUUUGUUUCAUGGACCGGUGUGAGUUUGCUGAUGAGAGUGAUGUGGAUUCAAUUAGGGAUAGAGCAAAACUGUCGACUUUAUUGCUUUUCAGGUUGAUUCAGAAGGGUUACACUUUUCUAAUGAAGUCAAUAAUGGAGGAAGAAGCUGUUGAGAAGCAGAGGAUGAAGACGGCAGCAGCAUUACAAGCUGCUUCCGUUCAAAUCCAGCAAACCCAACAAACCCAGAAUCUGAAAACAGAAUUGGAGAAGAAGAUCAUUGUCCAGACAACAUCUUCAUUGAACAAAUUGUCGCCGCCGCCGGAAUGUUCAAGUUCAAAACGAACAGACAGCAAAACCUCAACGGCUGCUCAAUCUUCUUCGGUGUUUCAAGGGGUUUUCUGUAGAGACCUAGCGACGGUCGGUAAUCUUCUUUCUCAGGCAGGAUUUAAUCGUCCUAUUACGGUAAAGUAUGAAGCUUUAAGCUGUUAAAGAUGAUGAUGAUGAUGAUUUGAAUAAGUUAGAUGGGUAUUGGCUACCGGCGGAAGAAUCUGCCGGCGGUGUAUAGCUUUCGCCGGGAAAAUUUUGUUAUUCACUUUCUCUCUCUAGCCAGCCUACGUGUACAGAACCAAUGUCUAAAAUUUGUCAUUUCAGGGUUUCUAUGUUAUUUUAAUCUCUUAAAUAAUUAAUUAGUUCUGAAGUAUGUUUUAAAAAGUCUUGUUGAGCUCAUAAAUCAAUAUGUUUCAAGACAUUAUUAGAAUUAAAUUGUUCUAAAAUUUCUGUAAUAAAUAUUGGUUUUUGUAAGAGCU